AUGGCGCUGGCCGGCGGCGGUGCUGCAGCCGCUGCUGACGCUGGGCUCCGGCUGGCUGCUCGUCCUCCCGCCCUGCCUCCCUCAGCCGCGGCGGCACUGAGCAGGCCGCCCCCUCCUCCCCGAGCGCCUCUCGCCAGCCAACCCAGCGGCGAUUCUCCAACGCCCCCUACGCCGAUUCCGCCGAGGGACCACGGCCCUUCCGCACACAGCACCUACGCGCUCCCGCGGCCGGAGGAUUUAGCGGCUCUGCUCCCGCCUCCGCUGCUGCUGCUGCUCCUCCUCCUUCUCCUCCGCCACCUCCGCCCAGCUCCUCACACAUUCCCUGCCCGCCUCUCCGAGGGCACAGCAACUUCCGGCUCAGCCCCUCCGCCCGGCUCGGUCUCCCCGUCUGUCCCCCUCCUCUCCCAGCUUGGGGUCGGUCUCGCUGUUAUUUCCUCCGGCGGCGCGCGAGAAAACAGAGGGACCGGUCGGAGGCCAUUUUGGAAUCGGGAGCCUGCUGCCGGAGCACGAAGGCCGUAUGGCGGGCGGGCCGGGCUCUGCCCCUAA